AAAUGCCGCAGCGCUAGAACAGUGUUUCCCCGGCUCCCUUGGACUCUUGGAAACUCGGGGGGUUAGUAAUAGGCAUUGUGACUCGUCUGGUGACUCUGGUCUCUACGAAUAUUUGGGAGUUCAAGGUGCAUGCUUUGACAUCGAGUGAGCAGAGAGUCCGUCACAUUUUCAACCAAUUGCUCUUGGCUAUUCGUUCUUCAAGUUCCCAUCUCACAUGGGAGCUUGAACCAGCCAAGAGAGCUCAAUGGCACCCGUCGGUGCUCUGCUCUGGCGUUCGCUCAGGACAUACCAGAUCUAUGGCGCCAACACCGAUGUCGGCAAGACGGUCUUCGCCUCAGCCCUCUGCAAUGCGGCCCGCAACUUCUGGCCGCAGGACAAGACGGCUUUCCUGAAACCCGUUUCUACGGGUCCGGCCACCGAAGCCGACGAUAGUCACAUCUCAAGGUUUGCGCCAGGCAUCGCGAAGAAGACGCUGUUUCAGUUUGAGAUUCCAGCGAGUCCACAUCUGGCCGCUGCAGCGUCGGACCAGCCGACCCCAUCGGAUAAUGAAGUACUAAAAGGCAUCUACAAUUACUCAUCCCGCCGAGCGGCCGAAGGGCCGGGCUGGCUCUUCAUCGAAACCGCCGGCGGAGUCCACUCCCCGGCUCCGUCCGGCACCCCGCAGGCCGACCUCUACGCCCCGCUCCGGGCCCCGGUCAUCUUCAUCGGCGACGCCAAACUCGGCGGUAUCUCUCAAACCAUCUCGGCCUUUGAGUCUCUCAAGCUUCGCGGCUACGACGUCGAGAGUGUUCUGCUCUUCCGAGAUGGGUACUACCAGAACGACACCUACUUGACCGACUACUUCCGCCGCGGACAGGGCAUCCCCGUCACCGCCGUAGACCAGCCGCCCGCUCGCGCGCAGGACGAGCAGGCGGACGCGAAAGCAAUGUCUCGUUACUACGCCGAAUUAUCGUCAAGCGCAGCCAUCAAGGAUACGUUGGACCACUUACGCGCCCGCCACCUCGCCCGCAUCGCCCGUCUGGAAACCAUGUCUCGCGACGCGCACGAUAUCAUCUGGUACCCCUUCACGCAGCACAAGAGCCUGACACCAGACAAGAUCACAGCAAUCGACUCGGCCCACGGCGACAACUUCCAAACUCUGAUCCCCCAGAGCCAACAGCAGCAACCCAGUGCCCAAGCCCUUCUGCAGCCAUCCUUUGACGGAUCCUCAUCGUGGUGGACGCAGGGUCUCGGCCACGCCAACCCGAAACUCACCCUCGCAGCCUCGUACGCGGCCGGCCGCUACGGUCACGUAAUGUUUGCCUCCGCCGUUCACGAGCCCGCUUUGGUCCUGGCCCGGACUCUACUCCAGGGCCUCCAGAACCCGCGCCUUUCGCGCGUGUUUUACUCCGACAACGGCAGCACGGGCAUGGAAGUCGCCGUCAAGAUGGGCCUGCGCGCCGCGCGGGUGCGGUACGGCUGGAAGGCCAAUGACAAGCUCGAGAUCCUGGGCCUCAGGGGCAGCUACCACGGCGACACCAUGGGCGCGAUGGACUCGACGGAGCCGUCCGUGUUCAACGAGAAGGUGGAGUGGUAUGACGGCAAGGGGUUCUGGUUCGCGUACCCGUCCGUCAUGUGUAAGGAUGGCAGGUGGCAGGUACGGGUUCCGGAUGUCCUGCGGGAGGAGCUGGGUGCUGGGCAAGAGUUUGGUAGCUUGUCUGCGGUGUUUGAUGUCACUGGUAGAGAGGGGGCGGGGCAGGCUCGCGUGUAUAAAGAGUACAUCGCCGGCGUCCUGCGUCGUCUCCGGGACCAAGGGCGUAAGUUUGGUGCUUUGGUUAUGGAGCCAGUUAUCCUUGGAGCGGGAGGCAUGAUCAUGGCCGAUCCUCUAUUCCAGAGUACUCUCGUCAAGGUAGUCCGUCAACACCCCGAGCUCUUCGGGACUGCAACUCGGUCUUCUUCGGCGGCAGACGACAAAACCUGGACCGGCCUCCCGGUAGUCUUUGACGAAGUCUUCACAGGCCUCACCCGUCUGGGCCGCUUCUCUGCCGCAUCCUUCCUCGGCGUCGACCCUGACGUUGUCUGCAACGCCAAGCUGCUCACCGGCGGCCUGGUGCCCCUCUGCACCACCUCAGCCUCCGACAGUAUCUUCCGAGCCUUUGAGAGCGACGAAAAGAGUGAUGCCCUGCUCCACGGUCACAGCUACACCGCUCACGCGGUCGGAUGCCAAGUUGCCCUCGAAUCACUGCGGGAGCUGCAGAGAAUCGACCGCGACGGGGAGUGGAAUUGGGCCAAGACGAACGGGUGGGGGGCUUCAGCGACGGUAGACUCUGCGACUCACGUUGAAUCUGGCAGCUCUGCUGAAGCGUGGUCUGUCUGGUCUCAGUCUUUUGUUGACUGGGUUUCGAAGCAGGCUGAUCGGGUGGACGGCGUGUGGGCCUUGGGAUCCGUUCUUGCGAUUCAUUUGCAGGAUAGCGAGGGUGCUGGGUAUUCGAGCAAUGCCGCUGCGAACCUUCAAAGUGCUCUGCUUCAGGGAGAGCAUGGCGCCGAGGGUGCAAGAUGGAACGUUCACAGCAGAGUUCUUGGAAAUGUCCUCUACGUGAUGACGAGCCAGACAACGAAGCAAGAGGAUAUCGAGAGGUUGGAAAGUUUGUUGCGAAAGUCCCUUGUCUGAUUACAGGCAUGUGCUAUGGACAAGGUAGACGUGUAAUUUUAACACCAAAAGUCUGGUAUCGGCCCUUGAGCGAAUCUACCAAAGCUUGUUGCAUAAUUUAGU